AUGUUUGCAGGGCUUGCUGUGGCUAUUUUUCUCUUUUGGGGCAUCAGGUUUAAUCGUGAUGAGGUGGCAGCAUUCAAACCUCUGUUUUCUACGGGCUCCCUCACCCAUCGAGACAUUACUCAGUUCGCCAUGCUCCGCAAGACAGCAGAAGUGUGCCGGGACAUCGCCAUUGCUCAGGGGCGAGACUUCACACUGCCUAUAAACAAUGGAUUGACUUCAUCUGCUGUCCAAAAGGCCUGCUCAUCAUCUGCUUCAUCUUCAAUUCUCUCUUCCUUCAGUUUUUCUUCAGCUAUUUCCAUGACUUAUAUGAGCAAUGCAGCUAUAGAUGGUGUGUUUUUUUGGAGUGCAGCUCGUCACUUUGAUGACGAGUCUUUCAGUGAGGGCCGGGACCUCAUCACCAGUGCUGUAUCUUCAGUAAAGGCCAGUGCGAAGCAGGGGAGCUACAUCUCUGCCCGUAUUACACUGGGGGCCCUGUGCCAUACUCUACAGGAUUUCUAUAGUCACAGUAACUGGGUGGAACUGGGGAAUUCUGCUCCAUUCAGCACCCUGAUCAAACCUGAGCUUCCUCUCGACAAUGUAGCAGACCUCAGCACACCAACAUGCAAAGCCUGCACUGAUGGAAACUGCAUUUAUAACCUUCUCCCAGAGAAUAAGAAACUAACUUCAGGAUAUUUCAGCCUUUACUCCUCGAAAAAACCUGCAGGAAAGUGUAGUCACGGCGGCUCUGCAGACUGGACCAGUUCAACAGAUCCCACUGGAGGAAUCAAUAAAGACGACAUCAGCUCAAGUCAUGGUUUCCUUCACCCUCAGGCUGCUGACUUGGCCAUCAGAGCUACUAUGGACAUGCUGGAAGACAUCCGAAUGGCCAUAGGCAACAAACCAUUUCUACAAUUGAUGGGCAUCAGUCAGACCUCAGUUCUGGCUUUUGUUAUUGACACCACAGGCAGCAUGUCUGAUGACAUUGAGGCAGCCAAGAGUGUGUCCUUCAGUAUCAUAGACAGCAGGAGAGGAACACCACAGGAACCUUCCGAAUACAUUCUAGUCCCAUUUAAUGACCCAGAUUUUGGGCCUCUGACAAGAACCGACAAUGCAGAUAUUUUCAAAAAGAGACUCAGCUCUCUUACAGCAGAUGGUGGAGGAGAUUUCCCAGAGAUGUGCUUGUCAGGAUUGCUGUUGGCUUUAGCAGGAGCUCCUCCAUCAUCAGACAUUUUUGUUUUCACUGAUGCUACAGCAAAAGACUCAGAAUUAGGAAGCAUCGUUCAGGCCAUGAUUGAACGCACCAAGUCAACAGUCACUUUCAUGUUGACCGGUUCCUUCUCUUACCGUAGAAGAAGAGCAGUUUCACAAUCUCAACAGUUUACAUCAAGAUCAUUGUUUCAGUCAGACAUACAGCUGUACAGAGACCUGGCCCACGUUUCUGGUGGACAGACCAUUGAGGUCCCAAAGAGCACACUGUCCCAGGCAACUGCUGUCAUUACAGAUUCUUCUACCUCAGCUCUGGUGACCGUUCUUCAGGUGGUGAGAAGUCCAGCUAUUGCAGAAAACUUUUCUAUUGUGUUGGAUUCCUCUCUGUCUAAUGUAACUGUGUACAUCACAGGAGACUCUCCAUUCUUUACUCUCUACAGCCCUACAGGUGUAUCUCAGUCAGGUUCAAUGGCAGAUGGUCUUCUGGGCAGCAUUCUGACUGUAGGGAAUCUAAAGCGAAUUAAACUAAACACUGAAAACCAGACUGGGGAAUGGAGGAUUAGCAUUAAUGCUACAAGUUUCUACAGCCUUAAAGUCACUGCUGAGAGUUCAGUGAACUUUCUCUUUAACUUUGUGGAGCAGUCACAGAGUGGUGACUUUACACCAAAAGCCAAUCGUCCUUUCAUUGGUCGAAAUGCCACUUUGUUUGUCUCUGUGACCGGAGGAGAUUCAGUCACAGUGACGGAUGUGCUUCUAGUUGAAGCGUCAGGAUCUGCUGUUGUUAAUGGAAGCAUCAAAGCAGUGGGUACAACAGACCUCCUGGUGAAUAUAGACACAAUCCCAGAGUGGGCAUUUGUGGUGCAGCUCAGAGGGCUGUUGAAUGACUCCUCGACAGUCAGUCGAUUCCAGAGACAAUCACCCACCCAGCAACAAGGCUCAAAACUUACCAUUAAGGCUCAACCAAGCAGCACUAUAGAGCCUGGAAUCCCAUUGGAUUUAAACUUCACACUGGUCAAUAAUGCUACAGGUGGAAACUACACAAUCAGAGCCCGCACUGACCGCAACUUCAAUGUAUCUUUCCCCAACUCACUCUUCAUAGGGGCAGAAGGAAGCGCUCAGGGAACUGUCACACUGAUCGCACCAUCUGGCACAGAUUCAGGGACAGACGUCACACUCACCAUUGAAGCAGAAGCUCCAGUAUCCGGUGACUCAAAUUAUCUGGCACUGCGCUUCACUGUCAUGAAUAAGGUCACUGAUCUGUCAAGGCCUGUCUGUCAGAUAGUGAGAAUCAAAGCUGACUGUCCAAUUGAAUGCAGUACAGCAUCAUGGGAACUCUCUGCCAAUCUGACGGAUGGUAACGGUACAGGUAUAGCCAAAGUGUCCAUUAACAGUGGCAAUGGCUCUCUCAGCUUGAGUACUGUAAUGAGUGAGGAUGGCACAAAUGUGACUGUGGUGUCCUACAAUGCUUCCUGUUGUUCUCAAGACGUAGAGCUGGUAGCUGUGGACAAGGUGGGGAAUGUGGGCACAUGUUUCGCCUCUAUAAGGAGCCCUUCUUCAACAAUUAGCCCCAACGGAUCCACAAGCAUUAGCCAAACUCAAUCUACCGCUGCUGUCCCCAGUGAAUCUGCAUCUGUUGGCACCAGUGAAUCUGCAUCUGUUAGCCACAGUGUAUCUACAAGCAUUAGCCAGUCUACCACUGCUGGCUACAGUGCAUCUUAUUCUGUGUCUUACUCCAUGUGUGUUGCUUUAUUAGGCCUAUUAGUUCCCUUUCUGUAUGGAUAA